AUGACAUACGACAUUGAUUGUAAUCUUUGUAACAACAUAGUCUCAGUAUAUUCACCACAAGAUAAAGGACAAGUCAAUUGCCUCAUUGUAAUCUACAAUGGACUUCAUACUUCGAGGAACGUUGGUCACCACUCGACAGUUUUCGCCUUCGUGCAAGGCGGCCAAAACUUAUUUUUGCAAUGCUGGGCUGUGCACAUUUUGGAAAAUGGACGCACUGAUUUUUUCUUCGACCCGAGCCGCGACCUACUUCGUCAACAUAUGACCCCCGUCAACAUCAUCUUCCCAAACGGUUUCGUCGCACACACCGUGACCUUCGAAAGGGAUGGGAGGAUUAUGAUGGAUAUAGAUCAUACAUUGGCCGAUAACUCUCGAAUCCUCCCCAAUGCGACCUUUUUCGAUGGUAAUGCUUCUGCCCACAGUGCGCUCAUGGUUUUGCUGGACGCUUCAACCAACUAA